GCGUUCUUUGUUCGAUUCGAAGUGGGAGGGUGCGCGUUCUUUGUUCGUUUCCAAGUGAUGGAUAAUGAAGUGCAAAAGUCGCAUUCUUGUUCAUCUUCGACAUGCAAUGGGUGGCGGAAUCAAAACUGUGAUGUCGUUUUUCGUGGUGGUGGAGUAUCUACCAUUGAUGGUGUAUCACCCCUUUGCCUCUGUGGACAGAAAACAGUGGUAAGAACAGCUAGAACUGCUAAGAACAGAGGGAAGCAAUUCUGGAGCUGCCCUAAGUACAAGACUGGACAUGAAGGUGGUUGCAAUUUCUUCAAAUGGUGUUGUGAAGACGGUGAUGACAAAAGCUAUACGAAUGUGAAGUGGGAAGAAAAGCAUGAGUAUUUGUCAAAGACAAGAGAAAUGGGAGGUGGAUCGAAGAUGAUGAGUGAUUUGAUUAAAUCUGUCAACGUUGUGGAGAAAUGGAUGAAGGUGUUGACAGGAUUAGUUAUUUUGAUUUUUUUACUUAAUAUUAUUGUAAUUUCAAUAUGGAUCAUAAAUCCAUAAUGUAGUAGUGUUGAUCGUAUUCUUAGGAAGAAAUUAGCUGGGUUUUUCUGUUUGUUAGGAUGGAACUGUUUAUGUAUAUGACUAGAUGUAGUAGUGUUUAUGUAUAUGACUAGAUGUGAAGGAAUGAAGUUGU